GCCCCCGACCAUUUUGAACCCAAACCCCCCUCCAACCAAACCCCUCGACCUCCCCGAAACCCCCACUCCACUUCUCCCCGCCCCGAACCUAGGGUUAGGGUUUCGGCCCCUCCCUUCCCCUCCCACGCCCGAUUCGAACGAAUCCACCCCCGCGCGCCAUGGCUGCCGGCUCCAUCGUGGUGGACUUCCCCUCCAUGGGCGCCGCCUUCUGCUUCUCCAGCCUCGAGUCCCUCCUCCGCGACUCCGCCUCGGGCUUCCUCGCCGCCGUCUCCGCCGCCCCGGCCCCCGGCGCCGCCGACCUCACCAACUUCCACCGCGUCUUCUCCCGCGUCCUCAGCGCGUACCCGGACCCACCGCUCGAGGCCGUCUGGUUCUUCUCCGCGCUCUCCUUCCACGACCACCCCGGCGACCUCCGCUCCCUGCUCCAGCUCCUCUCCGCCUUCGCGGCCUCCUCCCCCACCGCCGCCAAGCCGCUCGCGCUCCUCGCGCCCGUCGUCUCCGAGCUCUUCCACUCCGACAAGCCGCGCAGGGAGACCGAGGCCCUCGUCGAGGCCGUGCUCAGCUACAUCAGCAUCUGCAGCAGCCGCCCCGCCGCUCCGACUGACGGGGCAGGCGCCGCGGCCGGGAGGCUGCUGCCGGCGUUUGGGGAGCUGGUCAAAGUGUGGAGCGUGCGGCACUCAAAGGACAGGUGCCCGUUCCAGGUGCUGUUCCCGCUCGCCGGGGAGGAGGCGAGGCGGGAGCUCAUGAAGGAAGGCUGCAGCGUCGAGUACCUCGCCGGGGUGGUGGUGGCUGAGGCAUUCCUGCUCAGGCUCUGCCUCAAGGUGCAGGGUGCAACAGGGGUGCCCCGUGCCGAGCUGCAGAAGGAGCUCAGGAUCUGGGCGGUCAGCUCCAUCCCGGUCUUCCGGAACCAGCAAUUCUUCGGGGUCCUGCUGAACAUGCUCUUGAACCGUCCGCUGCCUGUUUACUCACUAUUGAGUGCUGAUGAUGAAAUCUUGGUGAGAGAUAUUCUUUAUGAUGCUCUGAUCUUGGUGGAUUAUUCUUUCAUUAACACUGGAGCUGGAGUUGAUCAAGCGGAUAGUUCCCUUUUGCCUACAUAUGUGUCAAGAUUGAUUAUCACUCACGAUGCGAUCAAUGAGGCCAGGAGCAAAGGUGAUCAAGGGAGAGCAAUGUCGUUUAUCAAUGCCUUCUCAACUUCAAAUGUUCCUAGUUAUCUCAUCAAGUGGGCUACUUGUCAAGCUGGUUUUGACCAGUUCAGCAAACCAAUUGCUAAUACACCCCAAGCUCUUCUCAAGUGGCUUGUUGACCUUGACGACAAGGGGCUCAAAGUGCUUGGAGAUAACAGUUCUUGGAUUAAGGGAAGGCUUAUUUAUGGUGAGGUCAAGAAUGGUUAUGGGAAUAGGAUGAUUCAUUCAGAUGCAGACCUUUUCUUCAUUGAUAAGCAGAGUGGUGGGGAGGUUAUGGACACCAAAGCUGGUGAGGAUGAAGAAGCUGUGGAGAUGGAGACUGCAGAUAAUGCUUUUAUAGCUGCUGCUCAGUCAAUGAAGGUGGCGACUAAUGGCAUACGGAAAAGGAAGGGCUGUGCAAAUGAAGAUGCAACGGCAGUGAAGUUUGUAAAGUACAAGGUAGAAGACAGCUCAGUUAAGGACUACUUGUCAGCAAUUAAUGGCAUGAGCAGUGGUAGUGAGGUUGAGAAUCCGCAGUCAGACGAUGAGAUGGAAGAAACAAAUUAAUCAAUAGAAAUGAAAUCACCCGCUAAUGCUUACUUGGAGUCAUUUUGAAGAGUUUCUUGGACAACUGCCUUUUGGGAGUCUGGACCAAUCUUCUUGUUUCGGAUGCCGCUUCUUAGUGAUGUCGUGCAGCACCUCGUUCGGUUCCUGCUCGGCGACAAUGAAUGGGAGUGGGGUUCUAGGAUAAUAAUCUUGAGCAGAACGUCUGACUCCAGCUAGGCUUUCGGAUAUAGUAGUAACUGUUAGCUAAUUUGACACUGCGCAUGAUGAACUUUUGCGCUGUAUCGUGCCCUUUGUAAUAUGCUAUAGACUUCAAAAUGUAGAUCUGCAUCAAGGCCUUCUGUAAUAGAAGAGUACUUUCCUGUACCCCACGGAACCGGUUGAAACUAACGAAAUCGUAACCUUUCCUGUA